AUGAUCCUGGAGGUGCUGGCCGUGAUGGAGCUGGAAAUGGCCCCGGUGAUCGAGCUGGCGACAGUGGCAGUGGAGAUGCUUGUGACGCACUGCAACGAGACGCUGGUGUACGCCAGCGCAGGCACCGUGAUGGGCUGGGCGUCGCCGAUGACGCAGCGCCUGGAGAAUGACGGCUACGCCAACGCGGACGAGGUGUCGUGGCUGGCGUCCGUGAACAACCUAGCUAUCAUCGCGGGCAGUCUGGCAGUGUCGCUGAUGGUGGACUCUCCGCUGGGCCGCAAGUGGUCCCUGAUGGCGGCGGGCGUGCCGCUGGCCGUGCAGUGGCUCGCGCUGGGCCUGAGUUCCAACCCCGGCGUGCUCAUCGCGGCGCGCUUCGUCGGCGGCCUGGGCGUGGGCGUCGCCACCUCCGUGGGCCCUAUGUACCUCGCGGAGGUCGCAGAACCGGCCGUGCGUGGACUCUUCACUACGCUGCUGCAGGUGGUGCAAAACAUGGGCAUCCUGUACAUGUACGCCUUGGGGCCUUACGUCUCGUACGGGGGGAUAUCUGGUGCCUGCGUGGUGUUGCCGCUGCUGUUCAUGAUCACCUUCUGUUGGAUGCCCGAAACCCCGUAUCACCUUCUCUCCAGAGGUCGCCGCGAGGACGCCGUUAAGUCCCUUCUGAGGAUGAGGGGCAAGACCGACCCCGAUGGGAUUCAGGAGGAGCUGGAGUCGAUGGAGCGCGCCGUAUCGGAGCAGCUGCGUCAGCGCCGGAACCCCCUGGCGGAGCUGCGCGAACUACUGAGACGCGCGCGCCAUCUGCGCGGGCUGCUCGUCGCCGGCGGGUUGUUCUUCUUCCAGGUCGCCAGCGGUAUGGUCAGCGUCUCCUCGUACGCCAACGCCAUCUUCGACAGCGUCGACGCCGGCAUCGACCCCAACGUGUCGGUGAUGCUGCUGGCCGUCGUGCAGAUCGUCGUCAACAUGGCCGCCUCGCUCGUCGUCGACCGCCUGGGCCGCCGGCCGCUGCUCGUCGCCUCCUUCGCCGGCUGCGCCGCCUCCAUGGCCGGCGUGGGCGCCUACUUCUACCUCCAGAACGCCACCGACACGGACGUCUCCACUCUCGGCUGGUUGCCGCUCACCGCCCUCAUAGUUUAUUACGUGUUCUACUCGUUCGGGGCUGGCCCGCUGCCGUGGAUGACGCUGGGCGAGGUGUUCGCGCCCGAGGUGAAGGGCGUCGCCAUCUCGCUGGUGGGUGUCUUCGUGGGGCUCUUGGUGUUCCUGUUCGUGAAGGUGUUCCCCCUGGCGGCCGCCGCGCUGGGCGACCACGUCGUCUUCUGGGCGGAGGCCGCGUUCGCCGCCUUGGGGGCCGUCUUUGUCUUGGUCGUCGUGCCCGAAACCAAGGGCAAGUCGCUGCUCCAAAUCACGCAGGAGAUGGACCACAGCUCCUCCCAGCAUCCGCCCGCGGCGAGCGACACUUCGAGCACAGAUCUGAAAUGA